AUGUCUACGUGCAGCCCCUUUUUUGAUCUCUCGGAGCAGCUCUGCUACGUGCAUUGCGGCUUCUGCACAACCAUUCUACUGGUAAAUAUUCAUCAUCCGCCAUUGAAUCUACUCUCAGGGUUUUUUAUUUCCUUCUAAGAACCAUCCUCCUCAUCUCCUCUCCCAAACCCCAUUCCUAUGGAACGCAGGUGAGUGUCCCAUGCAGCAGCCUCUCGAAGGUGGUAACGGUCAGAUGUGGCCACUGCCAGGGACUUCUCUCCGUUGACAUGAGUAGAGUUCCUCUCGUUCCUUGGCAGCUUCUAUCGUCUCUUGGAGUGGACGAGGUAUCUGAUCAUUAAAGGCUCAUUUUAUACAUUGUAAAUGGUCUCGUACGAUCGUUCUUUCUCGCCAUCAUGUCAUGGCAAAAGUUUGCCCAUUUCGAUCUGUUUUCCCAGAUUCGGCCGUAACCCGCGGUUUCUUUCAGGCCAGACCGCCUUCUAACCUGAUAUUACUAGGCUGCUGAUACGAAGUCCUAGAGGUCUUGAUAUUACUAGGGUUUACGAGAAACCUCCCUCAAGUCGUUUUCUUCCUAUCUCUACUGAUACGAAGUCUUCGCCUUCACCUCGUGGGUCUGGAAGAAAAAAUCUUGACCAUCUCUAACAGCUCUCCAUGCAGACGAAGAGGGAACUCACACCCCACAUCCCUGUCGAUCAUGGUGAUGGCGAACCAGUGGUAGAUGAGGAAGAAGAGCAAGAAGAAGAAGAAGAAGAAGAACAAGAGGCAGAUGUGCCCAUGAACACAGUCGUCAAUAAGCGUAAGUUCUUCUUCAUGGUGAGAGAAAGGCCAAAUGAACUGUGUCCGAAGCUUCAUGCCUCGGUUUUAAUGUCUUCCUCAGCUCCCGAGAAGAGACAACGAGCUCCGUCGGCGUAUAACUGCUUCAUCAAGUACAGAAGCUCCCUAAUUAGGCCAUUAUUUCCAAUAUGUUUUCCUUUCAUAAAAUUAUCCAGUAAACUCAAAAUUGAUGAUAUGUAUGCAGGGAGGAGAUAAAGAGGAUAAAAGGGAGAGAUCCCAGCAUCACCCACAAGGAAGCAUUCAGCACUGCUGCCAAAAACGUAAUGACCGUUGUGUGUGUGUGUGUGUGUGUGUGUGUGUGUGUGUGUGUGUGAGAGAGAGAGAGAGAGAGAGAGAGAGAGAGAGAGAGAGAGAGAGAGAGAGAGAGAGAGGGAGAGAAUUUUGGGAAAGGAAGCUAUCUAAUAAAGUGACCAAGAUUCAAGCAUUGACUGGUCCUCCUUGUCAUCUUCAGUGGGCCCACUUCCCUCGGAUUCAGCAGAAAGGUGAAGGCGAGAGUUGCAGCUUAGGGCUCGAGAAGCUGGCGGGGGAGACUGCUGGUGCUGAUGAGGUAAUGGUGGCGCUGCCGUGGGCUUGGAGCCUUCCUUUCUCCCCAUGGGUUUUCCAUUCCGGGUAA